ACAUUUGCACGGAGCAAAGUUUCCACUGAGUUGGGUAAUAUUUAACGGCACAGUCCUGGGAGAGCAUAAGAAGCAGUACAGUAUCACUUCAUCAGUCGGGUGUGUGUGACUCCCCCUGAAGAGACACCGGACUGAGGUUGAGCCAUGAAUUGAACUGAACACUGAACAUGGCCGUGGUUCCUCUCUUGCUGCUGCUCCUGUCAAGCAGGAUUCAAGCUGCCGCUCAGAUGACCCUGUUGCCCGAGACACUGAGCGUCCUUCGAGGGGAGGAGGCCCGUUUUACCUGCAGUCCCUCCAGCAGCGAGUGGACCGUGAUGGUGUGGCUCCUGAAUGGCACUGCAACGCUCACCAUCUCCAAUAUGCACGGCGUCCUGCCCGCCACCAACCCCAACGUGACGGCGGAGAGAGGCCCCGCGUCGCAGGGGGGCGGCUGGGUGUUUGUCCUGAGGAGCACGCAGUGGCACAACCAGGGGCAGGUGACCUGUGACCUCCAAGGCAUAGAGAGGAAAACGGCCGCCCUCUUUGUGCAAGAAAAGGGCAGCGUGGAAAUCUCCGGGGGCGACAAGGUGGCUUUUAAAGGACAGUCAGUGGAGUUUGAAUGUGAAGCAACAGGCUGGUUCCCUGAGCCCACGCUGCAGUGGCAGGUGAAUGACAAAGAGGUGAGCGGGGGUCACUACAACGCCAGCAGCGCAGCUUCCCGACCGAGCUUCUUCACCGUGACCAGCGGCCUCAGCGUGACGGCGGCGAGGAGCGCCCUCGUGGGCUGCCUGGCGUCUGUGUCUGCGCUCCCCUCGCCGCUGAGGAGCUCCGUCCGCCUCACAGUGGUCGCAGAGGUGAUGGAGGAAGAAGACGCGUGCACGGUCCCGCUGGUGGUCACAUCCUCCCUCGCUGCUCUUCUGCUGCUCCUCCUGCUCUGCAUCGUCACCGUCCUCUGUUACAGGCGCAGGCGAGAAGCAAAGGCAGGUCCACGGGAGGCAGCAAGGGUCGGCCAACCAGUGAGCGGGAGAAUCCCAGUGGCUGAGACAACAAGGGGGAAGGUCAACCUGGGAUUCUCUGGUGAGAAUCACACAGAUGCAGUUAGCAGUGAACUAAGCAGGGGAAGCCGUAGCCAAAUGGACUCUGUCAGCUUUCACCAGGUCCCUGAUGUCGCGUGCUCCAGGGGCCAGUCUGUGGUCGGCGAAAGCCAAGCCCGGGUGUGUUUGGCAGAGGAGACCCCCAAGACCACCCGGAGGAUCACCACAGUGUGAUGUUGAGUGUAUUAAUGCUAUGUGGCCUCUUUAUUCACCUAAUGGGGUCAGUUUGCACGGUCAGCCUUAGCUCAGGUCACUAAUACUGUCUUUACUUGUCGGCUCUGUGAUGCAGUGGCAGCCGUUCCCGGCGUGUACCCUGCCUCUCGCCCAGCGGCAGCGUGCGCUACGUAAGGGGAGAGGUCAGGAUGAUGAAUGGACGGACAGGUGUAUUCAUCAUUUUCCAGUCAUGUGAAAGGAACGACUAGGAGCGACGGCAUCAGUGGCAAAGGCCGGGGUGUAAAUUAACACGAUGUGACUGGUGCCGCGCUGAGAGCGAUGCGGUGGUGAGGGUGUGUGUAGUAAUGCACAGAUUUAUCUCCGCGUGAAGUGGGUGACAUAACAUUUGCAUUUCAUAAUAGUAAAGAGUCGAGUGGUGCAGAUGGAGGCCCAUCAAUCUGCCACAGACUCUAUGGCUUCAUUAGCACAGCUUGUAUUAUUAAGAAUAUGACUCCAGCACCUAUAGCGGGUGUCUGGGAGGAAAUGAAUUUGAAUAAAAACGAAAACGUUAUUGACAAAUAUCAUUGUGGCUGUUUCAAUAUGUCAGAAUUAAAAAUCUGUACCAGUGGGAUAAUGUAAUAUGUGGG